AUUAAUAGAACCCGAAUAACCCAAGAAUGAGUCAGUCAAACCAGAUUGGUGUGCGAAAGAGGAACACAUUCGGCAACCUCGAUAAGAUAAGACAUGACAUUUUACCGGCGGUUUCCGGUUCUCGUUUCGUUCGCUGGCGGGGAAAUCACCCGAUUUCAACCAACGCGGCGCCCGGAGUGCUGAUUGGAUGACGACUUUCACCGAAAGUGUUUCGUGUGGUGUCGGCUGACGAUGGGUGUGCCAUAACGGAAUUCGGUGGCGGCCCGGUGGUGUUGCUGUUGCGUUGUGAAACAAUUAGAAGAGUUUUUGAGUCGUGAGGUGUUGGAAGAAACAAGUGGACGUAUUCGAUAAAUAUUCGUUUCAAAAAAGAAGACGGUGCCCGACACCAUUCUCCGCAAAAGUGUGUGUACUCGUCUGAGAUCUCGCUAACGAGUGUAAUGAAGCGAACAUGCAGCGGAACAACAUUAAGAAAGCCAAACCCUUGAAUGUGUCUUAUAAACCGUUCCUCGAAGAAGAAGUCGACAAUGAAGAAAUUUUGUGGAAAUUUAUAUCCAUACAACCCUACAACAGGAAGAAUGUGAAGAAAGCGUCAAAGUUUUUGAUGAACAGAAGCCAAUUUGACUACAAGAAGCAGUACCGCAUUUUUAAGAGUCUCGACGAGUUUGUGCGCGAAUUCAGCGUUCCUGAAAACGAGGGGCCGCUGUUUAUUGUUUUGCCAAAAUCGGUAGAUCUUUGGGUUGUUUUUUGUCUGGUAUGGGAAGAUGGUGGUGAAAGCACAGUUUUAUACAAGGACUCGUCCGGUGCUUCCGUUCCUCUUGAAGUUGAGAAAACAUUGACAAAUCUAGUCCCUGACGUGGAAUUUAUUGUUCACAAGAACCAAGACCACGAAGAAGACGAAGAUUUCCUUUAUGGACCACUCUGUCUAAGAAACUUGGAAAUCUUGUUGAAAUUUUUCGAGAAGAAACCACGCGAUGUAGCUAACGAGUUUCUUGAAAUUUCCUUUUGUAAAGGAUCUGACAUCAACAAACAAAAAUUCGAUGCUGCCGUCAGUCUUACUUUCCAUUUGUCGAAGAAUACCAAAUUCAAAGCGUAUUUGCAACAGUUCGUGAAGAAGUUGCCAAGAAAACUGGCAAGUGACGUCGCCGACUAUCACAAAAUUUUGAAAGAAGAGCUCGAGAAAGACGAAAAGGACGUAAACCACGAGAGACUCGAAGAAGCCAGACAAAAAUGUCUCCAAGAAGAGGACAUCAAGAAAUUUUCCGAAGACUUCAAAAUCCACGUAGACAAAAAAGCGCAGGAGUAUCGACUAGAGGCUGCUGAAGAUUUUUCUAAAGAAAUGAAACGCAUGCGGCAAAUUUUUCUCAUUCUUCAAUCGUGCGAAAAUGACGAACGUUUCCCAGAAGCACUAGAAAUGGUACACAAACAGCUUGGUGUCGACUACAACGAAAUAAAGUCGCUUGGGCAACAAAUCACAGAACAAGAAGAAACAAAAGAAGAUGAUUCUCUCGUCCCUGAAGAUAUCAGUACCCUUGUCGAAGACAUCGCCAAAAAUGGUCAACACAACGAAGAAAUUCCCUCAGUUGAGUGUACCCCGAUGGAAGAUUUGUUGCCUCAGAUUCACUUUCACAUGGACCAAGACGAUCCACAACAAGAACAAACUGAUCUUAAACCGAUACAAGACAAAUUGUUACUGGUUAAAACUAAGUACGAAAAGUGGAAAGAUAAUGGUCUUGAAGCUAUCAAUAAGUGGGCGAAAAAGAAGAAAGGUCAUUUGGGCACUGAUGACAACUCUGUUUGUGAAGCAAUUGCCGUCAUGGAUAAAGCUUUCAAUUUAUUAAAACAUGGACGUCGACUUCGUUCAACCCAAAUAUUGUCAAUAUUGAUUUUUUUCCACGAUCGGAAGAAUCAAGGCCAAUUGUGUCAAAUACAAACCGGUGAGGGCAAAACCCUCAUCGUUUGUCUAUUGGCUGUUAUUAAGGCACUCCAAGGUUUGACAGUCGAUGUUAUAACCAGCAAUCCAGUUUUAGCCCAAGAUGCUGUCAACGAAAACAAAGAUUUUUACGCAGUGUUUGGGUUAACUGUUGCCUGCAAUAAUUACGGUCAGUCUAAGAAAUGCUACACCGCCAAUAUUCUUUACGGGUCAAUCUGUAGCUUCCAGUUUGAUUUUUUGACUGAUAGUUGUGAAGGAACUAACAUGAGACAUGGUAGAGGCUUCGGCCAAGUAAUUCUAGACGAAGUUGAUAGCAUGUUGAUCGAUAAUGGAGGACACAUUGCCAAACUUGCCUCACCUUACCCAGGAAUGGAAAGCCUGAAGUACAUCUACAUCAAAAUCUGGCAAGAGUUACACAAAGCUGAAAAGAGUUAUUGCGAAGAAGUCCAAACCAAAAUCCAAAACGAUUCUCGCACUUGUGGAAUUAAUAAUUUGAUGCAUGAAGAAUCCACCUUUGAAAUGGAGAACUACUUAACUGAAAAAAUCAAAGCAAGUGAUCCCACAAACAUUGCUUUGAUUCCGUUCCAUUUGAGGAACUACGCAAGAAGUAAAAUAGACGUCCUGAUUACAAACGCUCUUCACGCCAAGUACCACUGUCACGAACAUCAACAAUAUCGCCUCAUUGUUAACGACGAAGGCGAAAGGGUCAUAGCACCGGUGGACUACCUAAACACUGGUGUCACCAUGAAUAACACAGUCUGGUGCAACGGCUUACACCAAUUCGUGCAACUCAAACACAACCUUCACCUAACUUCAGAAAGCUUGACCAGCAGCUUCAUUUCCAACAUCGGCUACAUCAAGAAAUACCAAGACAAAAACAUCUUUGGAAUGACCGGCACUUUGGGCUCUCAAGCAGAGCAACAACUACUCUCGAAAGUCUACAACGUGAACUACGCAAAAAUCCCCACUUACAAAAAGAAGGUCUUCGAAGAAUAUCCCAUGGUGGUUGUCGACGACGACAAAUGGGUUGAUCGAAUCAUCGCAGAAGUCUUGAAAAAAAUCAACAACGAAAGAGCGGUUCUAGUAAUCUGCGAAACAGAAGAAGAUCUUCUCAGCCUCAACCAGCAACUUACCACCAUACAGAAGAUCCGAGUUUACGCAAACGAAGAUAACGCGAAAGAACCAGAAGAACUGGUGAAAAUCGGAGACAUCAUUUUAGCCACAAACAUAGCAGGACGCGGAACUAACUUCCGAACAGAAGAAGAUUUGGAAUUGAAAGGGGGUCUACACGUGUGCGUCGGUUUUCUCCCAUGCAACCUACGAGUAGAAGAGCAAGCUUUUGGUAGAACGUCUCGCCAAGGGAACAAAGGUUCAGCUCAAAUCAUCGUCCGUCAAAGCGGAAUCGAACACUUGAACAUAGAAGAAGUUCGUCCUGGGGACGACGAAAUCAAGCGAAUGAGAGACUUCUGGGAAUCUGCAAGAUUGGAAGAAAUCAAAAACGUUCUCGUGAAAGAACUGAUGUUCAAAGAUCAACUCUUCGGUCUCUUUUUAAAAUUCUAUAGUGACCAAAGACGAAGUAAGCGAAAGAAACAGGAAAGGUUUGUUCUUGACGAUUUGAAGGAGUUUUGGGCUUUUUGGUUGGAGAAGAAAGACUUCAAAGUUGAAGAAAUAGAAAAGACAAGUGCACAAGCUGAAUUUGACAAGUUUCGUGAAGACGCAAAGCACAUCAUUGGUGGAAGGAUUUGCCAUAAUCCGUAUUAUUGUCUAGGUUUAGCGGAGUACCAUUUGAGGAACGAUGACCGAAAGGAAGCUUCUCAGGUGUUACAGCAGGCCAUCGAAAUGAGUGACGACAAAAACUUGAAUUUAUUGGCAGGAGCGUAUUUGAAACUUUUUCACAUUGCUAUACUCGACGGUCGACAAAUAAUGUACAGAUUUAAGAAAGCCGUAGGAAAUUUGUUUUUCAUCACGGUGAAUGAGAAUACGAAAUAUAAAACUGACGCAAUUAGAUAUUUGGAAAAAGCUGGACAAGCUAUCGACAAUGAAAUAAAUUAUAUCAAUACUUGUUUAAUGAGCGAAGACAACAGUUUCUGUGCAGAAGAAGCGUUAGAAGACAAUGAAGAUGAGAAUUUGUUUUUGAAGCACAUGUGUUCUCGCCUUAGUUGCUUGAAACUACAUAAGGGCAACGUUGAGAGUUUAAUAGAACAAAUUAAUCAGCUGUCUGCAGUGGCGAUCCAAGGUAAAAGUCCAACAGCGGAAGAACAGUUUCAAGACGUUUUUAAAAGCUCGGAGUUGAAUGAAGUAAUCACUAGCCACGAACUUCAUGAAGUACAGUCUAUAGGAAUUGAUACUCUUUAUGCUUUAAGAGAAGUACACGAUGUUCCACCAACUGUCAUUCGUGCAGCUCAGAUACAAAUUGGUGCUGGAAUUGCAGCCCUGACCACUGGACUCGUCUUCCUUCCAGUCUUCCCCAUAAUGAGUCCAAUCGCUGCAACCUUAAUUUCAGAAGGCCUCUUAGACAUCAUAUUUGAAAUACUAUCACAAGGCUAUCAAGAAUUCGACAGACAGGCUUUCAUGAAGUCCAAAUUUAUCUCCUAUGGCAUAUCUAUUCUCACUUUCGGCUUGAGUGCCGCUUUGCAGUCCAAAGUGAUCCUAGACAAAGCCAUCGAAUAUUGUCAAAGAUUGUCAAAAUUCUUACGUGGAAGCACCCGUUUCAAAAGCAUAUGUGAACGCUUGGCUAAAGUUGUUGACAAGAUACAAAAGUACUUCGAGAAGCUUCGUUUGGCUGCUGAACUGAAAAACUUAACCAAAGCUCAACAGUUAACCAAAUUGAAAGAAUUGAGUUGCACCAAUCCAGAGCUAUUCGCAAAACUUGACUGUGGUGCUAAACUGGAAAAGCUACAAGCACUGGAAAAACUGGGGAAGCUUCAGGUAUCACGAGUCGAACUACUUUUGGACUUCACGAUGAAAACCGGCACGAAAAUCGUGAAGCACCCUGCUCUUUACAACAACGUUGUAAAACCCAUAGAAAAUCAAGUUUUUGAGAAGUUGUUUAAUGGAAUUAUGAAAGAACUACGAAACUCGGUUAAUAAGAACAACGAUUUACGCUUGAAACUUAUCACAUCACCAAGACAUGACAUAGACAAGGCAGUAGAGAAACUGUUAAACGAGACGGAGUUUAAGACUGUAGUGGGCACAAUUUACUCAAAACUUUCAGAAAAGUUUGAUGUUGUGCCUUUCAACCAAAUUUUAUCUUCAGCUGAGGCAAUCACCAAUUUGCAGACUUUUCUGAACUACGCUGACAACUUUGCUUCGAAUCUUGAGAAGCUUUUGGACUAUGGUGGAACUGCAAACAACAACGUCGACCAAAUUAUUGAAGAAGUGUGCAGGAGAGUGGCUGCAAAAAUUAUCGCUUUCUUGAAGGAGUGCUACAACAACGUCAAAAAGGUCGUUUCUACCGCAAGAAAGCUGCGUUUCAAUAAAGAACUGAUCAUUUCAGCUGCGGAAAAUUUCGUGAUGGAACAAAUGUCGGCAAAAAUCCUCGACAAACUCCGAUUCGAGAUGAAGAGAGCCUUGAAGGAGUCGAUUAAAGGCCGUUCAGAGUUGAUGGAGAAACUUCGGACGACAGAGCAGGCGGCAAUCUUUGCUGUGCUCGAUCAGUUGCAAAGGGACCAUGGAAUUGCACAGUUCCAGAUCGCGUUUGCCGUUUUAAAGUCGUUGGAAAUCGUGCCUGUAGGUCGGGUUGUUAGUUCUGGAUUCAGUGUCACCAUCUGUACCUACAAGUUUGUUAAAUGUAGUAGUAAGUUUGCAGCAGAUCUGGAAGCAGCUCUCAGAGGUGGCUGUUGCGACAACAAAGUAGCAGAUAUUAUUGAAAUGAUUUCAUCAAAGAUGGUGGAUUUUCUUUUGCCUUUGCUGGAGAAAGUCAUCGCAGGGACCAUAGACUUAGUUUCCGCGAUUCGGAGUAUGGACAAUUUUCGUAUUGAAGAUAUUGUCGACAAUUUGCCCACCAUUGCUGCGAACAUGGUCGAUGUUUUAAUGUACGAAUUUCGAGGAAAGUUUUUCCAACUUGUAACAAAGAUGCUCAUUUCUGGGUGUAAGAAAUUGGCAAGUUUGGUGGAGAAGCUUCGAACAACGCCUUUAGACCAAAUUAAUACUACAGUGAGCGAAAUUCUAAGUAAUGACACUGUUAAGAUUCUACAAUUAUUCUACGAACUGUACGAAACACUCGAAGGUAUGUCAAAAACAAAGCUACUGAGUGGAAGUCUAGAAACAAUUUUUAAAAUGUCAGGGGUUUCUGUGUACAUCGGCCAGUUUGCGCUCUCUCUGGAAAAACGUCUACAAGGUGGAAACGAAAACAACAACACCGAUGAAAUUAUUGAAGAUAUUUGUUCAAAACUAAUGAAAUCAGUCGAACCUCUCCUGGAACAGCUGUUUUUCCAACGAAACAAUACAGGUGUGACUGUGAGCACUUCUGAUAAAUUUUCGAGAAUAAUCAAUCUUGUCUGGAACUUGCUCCAACCGAAGAUAAUCGAAGCAUUCAAAAGAAAUCUUCGCAGAUCUAUAAGAAAACGUGGAAUAUUAAUGGAAAAACUUCGUACAUCUUACUACAAUGUUAUCAAAAAAGAAUUCAACGAUGUUUUGAAGAAAAGUUUGUUUGAAAGACUUCUGACAAAGCUUGUUCCGGAAGUAUUAGUCUCUUUCCAGAGAGAAUUCGGUAAGUCUGGUGUUGCAAUCCUGAGCUUGAGUUUUGACAUCAGUAUCCACUUGAACGACUUAAGAAAUUAUCAAGAUACUUUUGCCCAAGCUCUCGAAAAUGUCCUCACUGGUGGCUCACAUAACAACGACGUUGACACCAUUAUCGAUGAAAUCGAGUCCGAAAUCAUGAAAAUCGUCACGCCUUUGCUGCAGAAGAUUUACGAAAACACUAAAAACAUCAUCGGUGUUGUACAAGAAGAUAAUUCAACCAACUUUGAUGAUGCGCCCAUAGAUACGGAGAAAAUUAAAAACAUUUUGAUAACGGAAAUUGAAGAAUCGCUUGCCAACGAACUCGUGAAAUUUUUCGAGAAUUCCUUGAGAAAAAAACUAAAUGCUAACGAAUCUUUGAAGGAUAAACUGCGCACAAAUCCCUCCGACGAAAUCGUAGCAAUUGUGGAUAUAGUAAUGAAUACCGAAAGAAACAAAAUUUUGGCGUUCCUUCAGCAACUUUGUCAAAGCCUGCAAAGUGGUACACACGACUUCCGAAUGUUAUUUACCGCAAUUCAAGCGGGCCUCGACUUAACACAUUUUAUUUUGUACGUUGACAAGUUUGUGUUUGAACUUGAAACUCGUCUCCAUCUUGGAAAUGAAAAUAACAACUUCGAAGAUAUCAUUUUCGACGUUUGUAUGGCGAUGUCUAAAUUCGUUGGACCUCUAAUAAAAGAAGUUUUAAAUAGCGGCACGAACUUUGCUCGACAGAAAAACAAGAGCUUGAAAAGUCUACCAGAAGUGUUAGACAUAACGAAGAAGUUUUUGUGGAAGAAAAUUUCCGAUAGGAUUUUAGAGGAGUUUAAGCAGCGUUUGAACAUUUCCAUUAAGAAUCGCAAACCGUUAAUGCUCAAACUUCAAACUACGAACAGAAAAUUCAUAGUGGAAGCUGUUAGAAAGCUUCUGGCGAAAGGGCUACUCGAAAGACUGUUUAGGAAACUCGUGCCACAAUGUCUAAAUUUGCUGGAAGAUGAAAUGGGCAAAUCGGUGGUCGUGUUGGUGUCUUCCAGUUUUCAACUUACACUUGACUUGAAUGACAUCUUCAACUACGUCAACAAUUUUGCGGCCCAACUUGAUUAUGGCUUGAAAGGAGGGAGUUGUAAUAACGAUGUUGGCGAAAUGAUCGUCGAAGUCGAGUUUAAUGUUGUAAUGAAGGUCUCUCCUUUGUUGGAAAACAUCUACCAACAACUAUCACACUUCAAAUCUGCGGUUUUUGGAGAAGUAGAGGACUUCACUGACAUUAAUGCUACUUUGACCACAACCGUGGACAUAGUGAUCAGAGAAAUUUGUAUCUCGGUUAUAGACCAAAUGGUAAAAAUGAUCAUCCAAGCGCUGAAAAACUUCUUGGAGCAAAGUUCAUCUCUAGAAAACAAACUUCGAACAGCAACAAUGGUCGAUAUUAAUGCAGUAGUUGCAAACAUUUUGGCGGAAGAUGGAAUCAAAACAAAAGUACGUGGUUUCACGAACAAAAUUCUUGAACAAGUGCAUACUGGCUUAGAUGAAUCAGCUACGAAUUUUCUAACCCAAGGGAUCGCUGAUCUGGCAAACAUUGUUCCUCUUAUAAAUAAUUUUGCGUCUAAACUUGAGGAACGUCUUUCCACUGGAGAAGAAAACAACGAUAUUGACGAAGUAGUAGGAGAAAUUUGUUUGGAUGUUGCAAUUGCGAUUCGUGAUUGCUUGAAAAAUGUUUAUGAAAAUAUGGCGGAUGUUGUGGGUAAUAUAGAAACAGUGAAGAAGAAAAAGAAGAUGUUUGUAGAAGAGUUGGAGAAACAAUUGUCUUGCCUGAAAACUAGGCUGAAAUCAUAUUUGUAAAUCUUAAGUUUUUUUGUAUUUUGCUUUUCAUGACAUUUGAUAAACAGUUUUUAUGUAAUUAAGGUUACACAUAUUAAAUGUUUUUACGCUUUUAAA